AUGGCAAAUAGUAUUGUUAACUGUUUGAAAGAGUGGGGAUUACAAAAGAUUUUCACUGUCACAGUUGAUAAUGCUAGUUCAAAUGAUGUGACGAUGAAGGAGCUUUCUAAAAAAUUAACUAAAUGGGGGACCAAUUCCAUGAAUGGUAAGCACCUUCACGUGAGGGCUAUUGAAUAUGAGAGUGCAAUUUUGGAAUAUGUUGAUCAUGAUAUUGGCUUGUCACAUCAUUUUGAGUUUGUUAAUAUUGUGGAUGGAAGUCCUGCAGGUACACUUUUGAGUAGUGAUUGGGAGGAUGUAAAGAAAUUGACAAAAUUUCUUGAAAUCUUUUAUAAGCUUACUUUAAAGGUAUCUGGCUCACUUUCUGUUACAUCAAAUCAUCAUUUUCUUGAAAUUUGUGAAGUUGUUGUUUACUUGAAACAAUUGAUAUUAAAUGAAGAUAUUCUUUUGGGUUCAAUGGAAAAGAAGAUGAAGGAGAAAUUUGAUAAGUAUUGGGGUGAUCCAGAAAAAAUGAACAAGAUGAUUUUCAUUUCAUGUGUUUUGGAUCCUCGGUACAAGUUUGAUUCUGUUAGUUUUGCACUUGCGAAGAAGUUUGAAGAAAAAGGGCCAAUUAUCACGAAGGCAGUGCAUACAUACAUGACUUCAUUGUUUGAUGAGUAUGUAAUGUCUCAUUCAAAAGAUAAAGGUUGUCGUCCUUCUUUAUGUUUAUCCAACUCUUCAUUGGACACAAUGAAAACUUCUACUUCAUCUCUUUUAGCGAAUAUUAUUAGUGUCCAAAGCGGAGGAGCUUUUGGUUCUUUCUUUGAAGAAUUAAAAAGACAUAAAGCUAGGAUUGGAGGUUCAGAUUCUAAAUCAGAAUUGGAAAAAUAUCUUACAGAAGAAGUUGAAAAUGAAAUAGCAGACUCUAAUAUAUUGAUUUGGUGGAAAGUAAACUCACCUAGAUUCCCCAUUCUUGCUGAGAUGCUCGGGAUAUGUUAUCUAUUCCUAUUUCAAGUGUUGCAUCCGAAUGUGCAUUUAGGACUGGAGGGCGUAUUCUUGAUUCAUUUAGGAGUUCAUUGA